AUGGAGUCACGCGAUGCGCACGCCAAAGUCUCAGUGGACGGCGGCACCGAUGAAGCCGUUCCCCACGAUCGCGAAGACACGGUACCUCCUCCGGCAGCACCCUCUGCGCGCACCAACGAGAGAGAGAAAGAUCUGCAGCUGCGUCGACUGAGGCGCGAAAAUCAUCUCCUGCGGCUGCAACUCCUCAAGCUGCGCGAGCAGCAGCACCAGUUACUGGCUAACACCAGUGCAGCGGCAGUGUGCUCUGUCUCCGAUAGUGCUUUAGCCGUAUCAGACGCUGCAGAAGCGGAGCCGCAGCAGACGCGCUCCGACAUAAUAGACGAACAAGCCACAGCCCUACGCACCCGCAUGCUGCAACGGAUAAAGGAAAGGCAGCAGCGCACCACAGUGGUGCGGUCGCUACUGCGCGACGCCGAGCAGCUGCACAGCGAGCUCCCUCAGCAGGAGCAACUGGAGGCAGAGCGGGGGAACUCGAGCGGCACGGACACGCCGGUCUCGCCCGCGUCUCCACCCGUGAAAGCGGCGCCGGCGCAGUCGAUGGAGGCGGCAGCAGCGCCACCGUCACCGGCGGCAAAGCUCGACAUCAUCGAGGACGGCCGCGAUCAAAUAGAUCAACAACAUGCCCUACUGGCCAGCCCUUCCUCAGCGACGGCUUCACGAGUACCGCCUGACAGGUCUGCCGCGUACGGCGCGCACGCCGUUGACGACCUGUCGGCUGAAGCGAUGCUGCAGCGCUUUCAGGACCGCAAAUCGCAGCGCCGGCUGCGGCUGGAGCAGAUGUUGGGCCCCAUUUACGAUGCGGCAGGCAGCGGUGCCGCUGGGCCGAGCCGUGAAAAUGACAGUGCGGAAAUAACGCCUCUCGGUGCCGCGCUGCGGGGUGCAAGUGCCGGACAAGGUGGAGAAGGGGCGCAGUCCCCUCUCGACCGCAGCGUGGCGGCGUGGGAUGGCAGGGGGAGGAGGAUCGACAGCCGCACGAGACGCGGAAGGGCAAAUGGCCACAACAACGCUGCGGCAACCGCUACACCCACUUACAGUGGGUCUACGAGGAACCCGAAUCAAAUUGGCCGUGCCGUGAGCGACGCUGUAAAGAACAACAGCUGGUACCUCUGCAAGGUGCUGGAGGCGGCGCUGCUUGACACAAUUCAAGCGCGGCCGGCAAACGAGGCAACGGCGCCGGUGUUGUCGUCUUCGCCGGAGAAGUACCUUCCACCCGGCUCGCACUCGAGAGCGACAUCAUUUGCGGAGAUGUCAUCGUCCUCCUCUUCGCCCGGCUCAGCCUCUUUCCUGUUGGGUCCUCUAUCCGACGGGCGUGCUGCCGGCGGCACCUCCGGCUCCACGACGCUGACGACCGGAACCGCCUCUGGAAUCCCGCAGCCAGAGUCGAUGGCGGCCGCUCCAACCUCCGUAAGAAUCCCUCAGAUGCUCUACCCCAAGGGCGUAAGUGACACGGCGCUAAAGCGAGCCAUUGAGGAGUCUCUGCUCCUGCACUUUCGCUGCGUGCAAGACGCCCCAAGGCGCUUGACGUCAUCGCAGGCGGCGGAGGAGAGUUUGCCGGCGUUUGAGGCAGAGAACCGUGACGCAGAGCUGCGCCGCUGCUUCGCGGAGGGUACCGGCAAGGAUGCGUUGCUUAGCAGCGGUGCGCGUCGCGACGACGACCUGGGAAGCACCGCAGCCGGAAACGACGACGAAGAGGCUCCAGAGAGGGAGAGCGACAUGCUCGGCGCCCGCGACGACAACCUCGACCCGUUUGCCUGUCUACUGCUCGCUCGUCUCUCCGCCGAUCUACCUUCGAAGACCACCAAGUCAGACUGGACAGGCAAUCACCUGUCGCGCUACAGCAGCGGCAAGGAUGGGGCCAAGCAGCCGUCAUCAACGUCCCUCAACGCGUCUACUGCAUCCAGCCCCACAAACUCCAAGGCCGGCGUCGCCUUCGUGGCGGCGGCCAGCGGUGACCGCCGCAUGCACGUCCCCAAGAAGCACUUCAGUCGCCUCGACGAGGUGCAGGUCGAGAUGCACGCGCCGGUUAUCUUCAACCAAAUCCGCGACUUUCUGCGCAUGGACGUUGAACGCUUCCGCCGCUCCUUUAUACCAACCUCGUCGGCGUCGCAGUCCGAUGCGGACGGCGGUGAAGGGACGGACCCUCGGCGCUGGCGCGCAGCACAGCCGCAGCAGCGUCUCCGUGUCGGCGCCUCAGCUGGUGCGGACGAGACAACCGCGUGGCGCAUCACCGUGUCGCCUGGCAAGAGCGGGACAACCUUGCUGUACUUCAGCGACUUUGUCAUGAAAACGGUUCGGCCCAGAGAGAUGGAGUUCCUGCUACGGAAGUUCCUGCCGGCAUAUGUGCGUUACUGCGAGCGCAACCCGCAUACGCUGCUGCCACGUUUCUACGCGCUGGCGACGCUGCGGUGGUGGAAGGCGGGAGUGGUACAGCACUUUGUCCUUAUGCAGAAUGUCUUCACGACGCCGUACUACAUUCACCGCAUCUACGAUGUGAAGGGCAGCACAGUGAACCGGACGGCGCUGCAACCGGGCAAACCGCCGCCGCGCACGGCCUUCGGCGCUCUCCUGCUGAAGGAUAACGAUCUACCUCCGCAGCUCAUCAUGUGCGGCACGUAUCAGCGCGCCAUCGUGCUUGCCCAGCUACGGUCCGACGUUGAAUUCUUGCGCCAGCUCAACGUGGUAGACUUCAGCUGCAUGAUCGGUGUCCGUAGUCGCCUCUUCUCACGCGAAGAGGGCCCUUCCAAGACACUCCUGCUCCUGCGCGGGCAGCACCACGCCGGCCACGUGAACACACUCGGCAGCAGCGCUGUCGUGACACAGGGGCACAUCGGGCAAACCUGCAGUGAGGUCAUGCACGCGACGGACAAAACGGCUGCCGCAGACGGGGAGAGCAUUAGCGUGGGGGCAAUGGAACCGACGCUGUCGCCGUCCUCUGUUGAUGCGCAACGAAGCGACUAUGACGAUGACGUCUACGUCUGCAUCCACGGAUGUGACGGUGGAUUGCUGUCGUUACCGAUCUACACCCCUGGUGACGACACGACCGCGCGUGAGGAGGUGUAUUACCUCGGCAUCAUCGAUGUGCUGCAGACAUACAACUCGGUCAAAAAGUUGGAAAGUUUUGCGAAGGGCUUCGUCAACGAUCGGCGUGCCAUCAGCGUGAUUGCGCCUGAUAAGUAUGCAGAGAGGCUGUACAAGGUACUGGAACGCAUCACAGUGUAG